AUGAGCCGUCGCCUCUUGUUCUGUUUUCUGUUUCUUUUGGUGGGUGAAUGUCAAAGUCGAGGAUUUUGGAGUUAUCUGGGUGGAUUUCCUCAAGCAUGGUGGGACCGAAAGACUUGGAUUUUUGGACUUGUCAGAAAGUGGCGCCAUCAGAAAGAUCAGAGAAAACACAAAUUCGUCUUUCGACCGGAAAACUACACCAGCAGUACAAGCUUGACCAACAGUAGCAACAGCACCUACACAGCACAAGAACCGCCUUGGUCCACCACAAACAAUACAACCAACACAAGCAAUUCUUCUUCCAGCUCUUUCUUCACUGAAAACCUUCCUGCUGGUUCCAAUUCUGCAGCCAGCGCCACCAAGGAUGCUACCAGUACAGGUAAAAGUACCACUGGCAGUACAGGCAACACUUAUUUUGAAGCUGGGUCCGGAACAGUAGGUCGUGGCUGUUAUGGAAACAACGGCGACAAUCGGUUCUGUGAACGAAUUCCAAGACAAAUGACAUCUGCUCCAGAUUCACAAAGAGCUUCUUCCUACAGAUACAACGUCCCUGAUCUCGUGGAUACCACCACCAACAAUUAUAAGAACAACAACCAGAGAGGAGGAAGAAGACCACUCAACUUCCUGUUGCAACCUCCCACUAUCAGUCCACAACCUUCGACAAGCAGCAGUCCUAGUCAACAACCUUCCAUUUCACCUUCUCCUACAACUUCUUCACAACCCAGCAAUACACCAUCCAUCAGUUCACAACCAUCCAACAGCAAAAGCCCAUCCACACAACCUUCCAAAAGCCUGUCGCCUACCACCACAACCUAUUACCCCUCGCAAAGACCUACCAUCACGUCACAGCCCACAGACACAGUUGCACCCAGCAAUCCUCCCUCGGUCAGUUCCGCGCCCUCCACAAGUUCACAGCCAAGUCAAACACCCACCCAGAGUCCCCAGCCUUCGAUGGAACCAUCCAGUUUCCCUUCCGUUGUACCUACUAUUAGUGCUCAACCCAGCCAAUCACCCACCCAAACGCCAUCCAUCGAACCUACCAUUAGUGCAGCUCCUUCGACCAGCAAAGAGCCAAGUCAAUCGCCCACCAUCAGCCCCUACCCCACCACAACCAUUCAGCCGUCCCUGGCGCCAUCGGCAACAUCCUUAUUGGCAAGUGCUACUGGUACCAACACCGAUCGAGGACUUACUCCGGCGCCAUCACACCAACCAUUCUAUUACGAGAACAAGGUCACAUUGACACGUCAGAGACCAACACCACAGCCAACCAUAGGAUCAUCACUCUCCGCUAUGGACAACAACACAAGUGCGAGUAACAUCACCAUUGUGAGUAACUCUACCAAUAUUACGAGUAACAACACCAAUACAAGUAACACCACCAUUGCGAGCAACAACAACACCGAUUCCCAUAACGAAACUCAUGGAAUUGCCACCGUGGCACAUCGACCUCGUACCACGACGAAUCAAACCGCUCUAGUCACGGGCAAUGCGACUACGAAUCUGCAGACUCCAACAACAAAUGCCACUCGAAACGCAGGAAAUGCUACUACGAAUCUACAGACUCCAACAAAUGCCACUCUAAACACGGGGAAUGCUACUACGAAUCUACAGACUCCAACAAAUGCCACUCGAAACGCAGGAAAUGAGACUUUGACUCAAAAUGAAAGUCCGACGGAAAAUUCUACGUUUGUCGACAACAGCACUGCCAGCACCACCAAUGCCACUGGGACAGAAGAAACCACCUCAAUGGCCCCUGAUAGUCCUUCGUCUUCUCCGGGUUCGUUGGCUCCUGCUGAUGCAAAUCAUCAAAAUCCCAAUCCCAACACUACUCAAAGCAAUGGCAACAGUCAAAACAAUGUGACGGGGCAAAAUUUUAAUGAGAAUAGCAACGAUACCAAUGGAACCAACAACAGCAAUGCACAACAACCUGUCCAAAAGGAAAACAACAGCACGAAUGGAAACACUGACGCAAGCAAUAACAGCAACAAUAGUUCUACUGGUGGAAUCAUGAGCACCAAUGAAACCAAGGCUCCAACCAAUGCUACAAAUCAUGAAGUACAGAAUGGUUCAGCAGCACCAGCCGCUGCAACGGCUAAUGCCACCAAUGCAAACACGACUACAACGCAGGGAAUGAUCAAUGGUUUCAAUAGCAGCAGCAGCAACAACAACCAAAAUGAAGACGCGACAGCCAUUGGCAACAACAGCAGUUCGAGCGACGGAGACCCUACGAACAGCAGUAGCAAUGGCAUGAGCAGCAAUUCUAGCGGCACGGCUGAAUUCGAGCCCAACGGAAAUCGGACGGGUACUGGUAUCAGCAAGAAUAAUGACACCACGAGUGCUGCGUCGACCCAGGCGCCGUUUAGAGAGGCCAACAACACACUGCGGGAGGCCAAUGCAACCGCAACGCCAACACCAAACGAAACAAUACCAAGCAUCAGUCCUUUUCCGGCCAAUGCCACUGCCGUCAAUUCGACCGCAGCGAAUUCUAACAGCAGCUCAGUUACAAUGAGUCCAACGAGCAUGACCAAUAUGUCGAUGGCUCCUUCCAUUGGAGGAUCGGCAAGAGGAUCAACCACGAGGGCACCGAACUCUUCAAUUACCACCCCAAUCACGCAAACUCCGUCAACCAAAGCAACGGAGGUUCCCACCAAGAUCGAAAAAACGGCAGCCCCGUCAAUCCAAGGAUCCGCCACCGCAUCAGUGACAAGAGCAUCCGAAAACCAAAGUCCAACGGAUCGUGAGAGCACCGAGCAGCCAACGACACUGACUCCAUCGACUGCCCAUCCAACGACUGCUUCCCCGUCCACUGCGUCCACUGCGUCACCGAGCACAGAAACUCCAGCCACAGCAUCGCCCACCAAGGGCAAAACCCAAGGAAGUGGCAAGAGGGAAACUGGACCCCCCGUAACCAGCCCUCCCUCUACUGCAGCAGCAAGCCCUUCCGCAGGUUCCGCUGCGGAACCUACCACCGGUGCACCUACCAGGAGAAGCCCAGAAACCGGUCCUCCGAGCACCGGUCAACCCACAACUGGCUCUCCUACCACAUCAACCACAACUUUGGCGAUGCCAACAACUCCGACGCCAACAAUGACAACUCCAGUUCCUACAGUAUCAGCUAUCAACGGUACAUCUCCACCGACUUCACGGAACCCUACAACCAGCUUGCCCACAACGAUACAACCGACUACUGGAUAUCCAACUACUAGUUCACUCACGACAACAAGCCCCAGCACAUCACACCCUACUGCCAAGAGCGCAGGGAAAAGUCAAACUAGUGAGAGGCCUUCCUCUAACGCUCCAGCUGACACGAUUUCCACUUCUAGUUCUCCUACUACUGGCCAGCCAACCUCGGCCUCCCCUACUACAGCAAGUCCCACAUCAGCCUUACCAACCCCGGCACAACGAAAGGCAUCGCCGAGCGCUAAAGUCCCUUCAUCUAGCCAAACAGCCGUCACACCAACUUCAGAAAUCCCUUCAAGGAAUGGCCUGACAACAGAACGUCCAACCACAUCCGUUCCUACAACCGUGACUCCAACCACUGAGACACCUUCAACAAUAGCCGACUCGACUCAUCAUCCCAUUUCAAGUUCUCCUACCACUGGCUUGCCCGCAACAAGUUCUCCUUCCACUAAAAGCCCAACAUUUGCCUCAGAAACUCGGGAAACCCCAGAUAUAGAGUCGCCAAGCAUCUCCACAACAGGUAGCCAGGCUAGAGUAGCUUCUCCAACCACAAGAGCUCCUACGACGGCAGUGCCCCCAAUUGCCAAUCCUGCGGCCACAACAAAUGAUCGCCAAGGAUCGCAUGUAGCUGCCACAAGUGCUACUGCAUCAAACCCUGAAGCGUCUAUUAACACAGAGGUGCCAACCACAACCUUCGCGAAAAGCUCUACAACAACCAGCCCCACCACAGGAUCUGCAACCGCAAGUCCCAGUUACAUGCCCAGUGUAAGCCCCACAGGUAUGCCCAUGAACAGCCAUCCACCAAGGAUUACAUCAACUAGUCAAAUACCUACUUCUUCUCCAACAGCAAAAAACAGUGCCUCUCCAAGCUCUGCUCCCAGCCAAACGCCGAGCCGGGUCAAAACUGAACAAGAACCCAGCAACAGUCCUUCGCCCAGGGAACACCCCUCUGGAUCUCCAACAGGUGCACUAAGUACUGACCCGAGUGCUGGCCAGAGCUCUGCUCCCAGUGCAAGCCCCACUGGAACCCCAAGUGCCUCUGCUAGUUCUGGUCCUAGUGAGCCACCAAGCAUGAACCCGACUGCAAAGCCAAGCAAUGCACCCUCUGGUUCCCCAACAGGCAGGCCAAGUGCCCACCCCAGUGAAUCCCCCAGCAGCAGCCCUAGCAGAAUCCCAACAGGUGCACCAAGCACCUCACCAAGCUCCACUCCCAGUGACAACCCCAGUGACAUACCAACAGGGGCACCUAGCACGAGCCCAAGCUCAAGUCCAAGUGCUUCUCCAAGUGGCAGCCCUACAGGAACACCCAGUGCUGGCCCCAGUUCCAGCCCUAGUUUUUUCCCAAGCACCAGUCCAACCAGUACACCCAGCACUGGCCCAAGUGCCAGUCCAAGUGCAGAGCCCAGCCACAGUCCCACUGGCGUUCCAAGUGCUGGUCCGAGUGCAAGCCCCAGUUCAAUUCCUACUGGACCCCCCAGUGGCAGUCCAAGCUCCAGCCCCAAUGCUGCACCUAGCAAGAAUCCCACUGGUUCUCCCAGUGUUAGUCCCAGUAUGCAACCCAGCAUAAGCCCAACGGGCAAUCCAAGCCAGGCACCCAGUGAAAGCCCAAGCUCUAGCCCAAGUGGUUCACCUACCUCCAAUCCAAGUUUUGGCCCAAGUGGCUCUCCCAGUUUGUCGCCCUCAGGCAGUCCUACAUCAGAUCCAAGCACCAGUCCAAGCAAUGAACUCAGUACAACACCAAGUACCAAACCCACCACAGCCUCAAGUGAAAGCCCCAGCUCACCGCCUAGUCAAAUCCCAACCUCAGGACCUAGCUCCUCUCCCAGUACUCCUCCCAGUUUAUCACCGAGCAUUAGACCUACUCCGCCACCAAGUGUUGCACCAAGUCUGGGUCCCACUGCAAGCCCAAGCAUCAGCCCAAGCAUCAGCCCAAGCAUCAGCCCAAGCAGCAACCCGAGUAUUAUGCCCAGCAUUGGGCCUACCAACGCACCGAGUGCAAGUCCCAGUCGAACUCCCAGCAUCUCACCAAGCCGGGCACCCACCAUAGGUCCAAGUGUAGCACCCAGUGAAACCCCCAGCUAUUCACCCAGCUCCACCCCAACAGGUCAGCCCAGUACAUCCCCCAGGGUUUUGUUUUCCCAGUCAAGGUCCAAGCUCCUCGUCAACAGAGGAUCCCAGUGCUUCCCCAAGCUCUGCCCCUAG